AUGAGCGUCCGAGUCGUCGCUCGCAUCCGGCCUCUGCUCAACUCGGAAAUCGAAAAGGACCAGAUCGUGACUAGCCAGCCUGGCCCAGAUGGAAAGGCCACCGUCGUGAAGAUCCCCAAUCCGAAGAACUUUGCCGAGGAGUACAGCUUCCAGUUCAACGGCGUUUACGAACAAGACGCCACACAACAGGUCCUCUAUGAUGCCGAAGUCGCUCCCACUGUCAAACACCUCUUUCUCGGAUACGAUGUCACGAUCUUUGCAUAUGGCUCUACGGGAACAGGAAAGACACACACCAUGCGCGGUGGCAAGUCGCUUGCAGACCGAGGCAUGAUACCCAGACUGCUCAGUAGCAUCUACAGAAAGAGUCGAGCACUUGAAAAGAGCGGCGAUGGAGUAACAACCGUGGAUGUGUCGAUGAGCUACUACGAGAUCUACAAUGACCGCGUGUUCGACCUGUUUGAGGCGCCGGAAAAGAGAACACCCACUGGGCUGCCCAUCAGGGAAGCGGAGGGCGGAAAGACUGUUGUUGUCGGCCUGACUGAGGUGCCGUGCUCGUCAUUGAAGGAGUUUGAGGUGCUCUACGACAAAGCCAACGCAAAUCGAAGUACGGGCGCCACAAAACUCAAUGCUCACUCAUCUCGGUCGCAUGCAAUUCUGUGUGUCAAAGUCACAAUCACGACUCCGACCGAGACUCGAGUAAGCACCGCGUCAGCCAUCGACCUUGCUGGCUCCGAGGAUAAUCGAAGAACUGGCAAUGGCAAGGACAGAAUGGUCGAGUCUGCCAGCAUCAACAAGUCUCUUUUCGUCCUUGCGCAGUGUGUCGAAGCUAUCAGCAAAAAGCAACAGCGGAUCCCCUAUAGAGAGUCGAAGAUGACUAGAAUAUUGUCACUGGGCCAGAACAAUGGAUUCACGGUCAUGAUUCUCAACUUGGCUCCCGUCAAAGCAUACCACCUUGACACCCUCAGCUCACUCAACUUUGCCCACCGAACAAAGAAGAUUGAGGUUAGGGAGGUGGAGAAUGAGCCCAUUUUCAAAGGCCCACCCAGACCGGUCGCCCCAGUAGGUGGUCCUACGAUCCAGCGCCAACCGUUACGACCCCUGGCCAACAGCAUCAAUGUCAACCUCGCCGCCAACCGUGAUGCAGCCACGAAGAACGAGAAGCCGCAGAAAGCUUUUGCCGUCUACUCGGACCGCAACAAGCCGGCCACCACGCGACCAGUCCCUCAAAAGUCGUCGCCCUUGAAGCGCACUGCAGAUGCCGCAUUCCUCGCAUCCGGUCGUUCGGCAAAGCUGCCUCGUCCAACCCCAAGUUUCAUCCGGCGCGCUCCAGAACCUCAGCCGGCGGGCAUGGAUAAAGCAUCAAUCGAAGCCCUGGUUGAGAAGAAGGUGUCCGAAGUGCUUGCCGCUCGUGCCAUGAAUGCCCCCGACCCUCAGCCGCUGAAAGCCGUUUCCGAAGAAGUUCAACGGCGGCUAGACAGCAUCGAAAAACGACUGGAGGGUCAGGACGGCGAGAGAGCCGAGGGUCUAAGCUACCUGCUGAUGGCCAAGCAACAUCAAGCCAGAGGCGAGGAUGGCAGUGCUUUGAAGAUGUACGAACUCGCCCGGCCGUACUUUCCGGACAACGAGAAGCUGAAGGGCAAGAUCGAACGCUUGCGGGAGAAAUUGGCGGCGAAGAGAAGAGAAGAUGUCGACUCUGCUGAGAAGUCGGAGCAGAUACCGACCAUGUCAAGAACAGUCGACAAGGCAAACGCCCCACGAGCGGACGAUGAAGAUGGGAGCUACCAGGACGAAGGCUGUGAAUCAACCUAUAAUGAUUCUGGGGACGAAGACAAGCCCACCGACCGUUCACGAACCAAGAAGCCGAUCAAGCAGCAGCAGAAGAGGAAAGCUAGAAUAUCCUCGCCCGAUCCCCUCAGCUCACAAGGCCCGGAGAGGGUAGUUGGCGCGCUCACGCCACGGACAAAAUAUCUCCUCCACAUAGUCAACACGCGGGACGUCGCACAGAUCAAGACGCUCCACGGGUUGGGUGCGAAGCGUGCCGAGGGAAUCGUAGAGUAUCUCAACGAACAGACGGGGGACUCUGAUGAUGGAUUCGUGAUGCAAAGCUGGGACGAUCUUGCCAGACUGCGCGGGAUUGGGAAGAAGACCUUGGAGACGAUGCGGGAAGGCGUGCUGGUUUGA